AUGGCUGGUUUGGAUUUAGGCUCAGCUCCUCGCUACGUUCACCAGCUUCACAGGCAAGACUUACACCUCCAACAACAACAACAAACCGACUCUGAAGACGAUGCAGUAGUCAACAGGUCAACCGGCCAGUUCUCCGCGGAAGAUCAUCACCAGGGCCUUGACCUCGGGGGCAUCAACGCCGGGUCAGGAGACAUCGUAGCCCGGCGGCCCCGAGGUCGUCCUCCUGGAUCCAAAAACAAGCCCAAGCCCCCAGUCAUCAUCACAAGAGAAAGCGCCAACACUCUCCGAGCACAUAUUCUCGAGGUAGGCAACGGCUGCGAUGUAUUCGAUUGCGUCGCCACGUACGCGCGGCGCCGGCAGCGUGGGAUCUGUAUUUUGAGCGGCAGCGGCACUGUCACCAAUGUGAGCCUGCGGCAGCCGGCCGCAGCAGGCUCCGUAGUAACCCUUCAUGGAAGGUUCGAGAUUUUGUCACUUUCAGGCUCAUUUUUGCCCCCGCCGGCGCCGCCCGGGGCCACGAGCUUGACCAUAUUCUUGGCCGGCGUGCAGGGGCAGGUGGUCGGGGGCAGCGUGGUCGGUGAGUUGACCGCCGCAGGCCCCGUUAUCGUGAUCGCCUCCUCGUUUACUAAUGUUGCUUAUGAGAGGCUGCCUUUGGAUGAAGAGGAGCAGUUGCAGGUGCAGGUCCCCCAGGGUUCCGGAGGUAGCGGUGGAGGCGGCGGCGGUGUCGGCAACAACCCUUUCCCCGACCCGUCUUCGGGGCUUCCUUUCUUUAAUCUUCCAUUGAAUAUGCAGAAUGUUCAGCUGCCGAUUGAUGGGUGGGCUGGAAAUAACUCAGGAGGUCGUCCACCAUUUUGA